GGAGAAAGAAAAAAGGAGUAAUGAUCUUUCCAUCUGUCAGUUUCCUGUCAAUAGCAGUCUGUACUCAGAGUGGAAUUUGGGGCUGCCUUGGAACAAGAUCCCUGGCUGGGGCUGAGCCCUGCCCUGAAGCUGUAUCAUGAAGAGAGUGACCCGGGCCCUUCUCCUCACAUUGGCAGGCCUGCCUGCCUUGGAAGCCAAUGAUCUGGUCGACUGGGAAAGCCUGCAGCUGGGUGGGAUGAUUGUUGGAGGGCUCCUGUGCAUCGCUGGAAUCUUGAUAGCCCUGAGUGGAAAAUGCAAAUGCAAGUACAAUAAGAAGCACAGCCUCUUACCUGAGAGGGCCACUCCACUCAUCACUCCAGGCUCUGCCAGUACCUGCUGAGCACAGGACCAGCUUUGUGGCACUUUCCGUACCAGCUCCCAUGCUGUUCCCUCCCCUCUUGGGGCCCUUACAUGAUGGCCUUUCUCUCCAAAGCUGGGCCCUUCAGCUCCUGUCUGAUCAGGACACUGUCUAAAGCUUAUUUCUAAAUUAAACUGUCUCACUCCUC